AUGACUCGAGUUAUCUCCGUCCAAGAAGUCACUCAACACAAUAUUCCCGAAGAUUUAUGGAUUGUAGUCGACAACACAGUUUACGACCUUACAGAAUUCGCCCCUGAGCACCCUGGCGGUGCAAGCAUAAUCCAGCGCCAUGCCGGCCGCGAUGCCACAACAGCAUAUUCCGAAAUCCACGGACCCUCUCUCAUUAAAACCUCCCUCCCUUCCUCAAAAGCCCUCGGAACCCUCGAUCCCACUAGCAUAACCGCAGAAUGGGCAAACCCUCCAAUACCCACAAGCACCUUGCAUCCCACCACCAAACCUGACCUCUCCACCCUGAUAAACACCCACGACUUCACCGCCGCCGCCUCCACAUCCCUCACCCCUAAAACAUGGGCCUUCUACUCCUCCGCCGCAACAGACCUCUACACCAAAACGCGCAAUACCUCCGCGUACGCAGAUAUCGGUCUCAGACCACGGAUACUAGUCAAUGUGAAGGACGUCGAUACGCGCACAAGCAUGCUAGGCUAUAAAAUGGACGUGCCGAUUUUCUGCGCCCCGGCUGCGAUGGCGAAGAUGGUGCAUGCUGAUGGGGAGAAGGGGAUUGCAAGGGGGUGUAGGGCGAAAGGGAUCCCGGUCUGUGUUUCAACAAAUGCGUCGUUUCCUAUUGCUGAGAUCUUCGAGAGCGUGAGCGGAUGGGGAUCAUAUGGGGAGCAUGAGGAAGGAGAAGGGACAGAGGGGCUGCCGAUUUUCUUCCAGCUGUAUGUUGAUAAGCAGCGGGCCAAGAGCGAGAGCUUGCUUCAGCAAGCAGAGGGUUUGGGCGUAAAGGCUAUUUUCGUUACUGUUGAUGCGCCUAUCCCCGGGAAGAGAGAGGCUGAUGAACGGGUGCUAGCGGACGAAAGUCUGAGCACGCCUAUGAGCGGCGCGAAAGCGAAGAAUGAUGCAAAAGGUGGGUCGUUGGGACGGAUCAUGGGCAGUUAUAUCGAUGCAAGUCUUAGCUGGGAAGACCUGCCGUGGUUAAGGCGGUGCACAAAGCUACCGAUUGUUCUGAAGGGCGUUCAGACGCAUAUGGAUGCCAAACGAGCCAUGGAGAAUGGAAUCGAGGGGAUUGUGUUAAGUAAUCAUGGGGGCAGGAGCCUGGAUACUGCGCCGCCGCCUAUUUUGCUUCUUCUCGAGCUGCAGAAGCACUGUCCGGAGGUCUUUGACCACAUGGAGGUAUUUGUUGAUGGAGGGGUUAUGCGGGGGACGGAUAUCUUCAAGGCUCUAUGUUUGGGUGCUAGGAGUGUUGGUAUUGGCAGAGGUUUCCUAUUCGCUUUGAAUUACGGCCAAGAAGGCGUGGAGAAAUACGUCGACAUUUUAAAAGAUGAGCUGGAGACGACGAUGCGCAUGAUGGGUAUCACGGACCUUUCUCAGGUUCAUCCAGGCAUGCUGAAUACGAAGGCUGUAGAUCAUUUGAUUCCUGAUGGGGAAGAACAUGCGUAUGCCAAGUGGAGACCAAAGUCGAAGAUAUAA